AUGGCUUCGAAAAAUAUCAUAGCCGAACUUAAUAAGGGUGAAAAACUCAAUGUGGACAACUAUAACAUAUGGCAUCUGAAAAUACAUUAUGUGCUUGAGGAGCAAGAAGCUCUUGAUGUUGUUAAUAAUGUAAUGGAUGAACCAAUGGCUUUUGAGGGAAAUGUCAAUGAUGCGCAAUUUAAGCGCGACAUGGCUACAUACACUAUUUGGAAGAAAAAGGAAUCAACUGCAAGAGGAAUCCUUAUCAGUUCCAUGAAUGAUGAUUUGGUGUAUGAGUAUCAGCAGUAUUCCACUGCUAAUGCCAUGUGGGUCGCUUUGCGCGAGAAGUUUGGAGGAACUAUUGUCUCCAGACUUAGGCAGUUGACUAUCAAAUUCGACACUUAUAAGAAAGUCCCUAACAAGACAAUGAAACAACAUUUGAGGGAUAUGUCGAAUAUGAUAAUGGAGCUAAAAUCAGCUGGACAUAACCUCACAAAUGAACAGCAAGUCCAAGCAGUCAUUCGAUCUUUGCCUAAUAAUUGGGAGCACAUGAAAGUGAACAUGACUCACAAUGAGAAUAUUAAGACUUUUAGUGAUAUUGCGCGCCACUUGGAACUUGAGGAUGAGCGCCUCGAGGCUGCUAAACCUGAUAUUCAAACAUAUGUUGCUAAAUCUAAUUUCAAACAAGGUGGUCAUAAGCGUAAAUUGUCUAAAAAGAGUUGGAAAAAUAAAGGCAAGAUGGUAGAGCAAGACCGGGACCAGAAGGUGGAAACAAGCACCAAAAGCGUGGUGGAAAAUGGGAUAAGACUAAGUCGACCUGUUAUAAUUGUGGAAUGA